UUCUCUGUCAGGCUCUUGUGUCUCAAUGUUUGGAAACAUUUGUCUGAUAAUCAGAUUCACUCGGCUGUCUUGAAACGGGUUAAAUGCCACCGCAGCUACGUAACUGGAACUAACCUACCUGUGCAUCUCUAUCACCUUAUAGGUUGUUAACAGAACCUCUAAUCUUAACGAAAUGGACAUUUGAUACCUGGUGAGAGUCGACACUUACAGGGAAGCUGCCGCGACGACGAGCUUGUGGUCCAUGGAAAUUAUGAAGAAUAUUACUUAAUAGUUUCUUUUUACCUCAAUUUCAGGCGCAAACACGUUUCUUUUCAGAAUAAAGUUUGCAGGUCACUUUUGACAUGUACAGCAGCCCGUCUUUUAGCUGAGUUAUCGUUAACAUUAUCAAGUCGUGUUCGAGCAAGAUGUCGAGAUGCAGGUUCAAUGGACUUCUGCAAUUUUUUGCUCUAAUGUUGGGAUUCUUACUGACACCGGGUCAAACACGAGUAUUUACCAAUCGCUGGGCAGUGAAAAUAACAGGGGGUCUCGGAGCUGCAGACUUCAUAGCGGAGAAAUACGGAUUCCUUAAUAUGGGUCAGAUCGGAGACCUGCAGGACCACUACCACUUCCUCCACCCCAGGAUCAUGAGGCGCUCCACGGCCUCCAGCCACGGCAACCACAGCCUCAUCACCAUGGAGAGCAAUGUGGAGUGGGUCCAGCAGCAGGUAGUCCAUCACAGGACAAAGCGAGAUGACACCACCAGCUUCAAUGACCCUAAAUGGGACAAAAUGUGGUACAUCCACUGUGAUCAGAACUGCCUGACAGACAUGAACAUUAAAAGUGCCUGGAACAAAGGCUACACAGGGAAAGGUGUUGUGGUCUCUAUCCUGGACGAUGGCAUAGAAAGAAUUCACCCAGAUCUCAAGCACAAUUACGACCCUCGAGCCAGCUGGGACUUUAAUCGAGAUGAUCCUGACCCAAGUCCACGAUAUGACGUCACGGAUGAAAACAAACAUGGGACAAGAUGUGCCGGAGUAGUCGCAGCGACUGCAAACAAUUCUCUCUGUAUGGUCGGAAUUGCUUACAACGCCAAAAUCGGAGGUAUACGCAUGCUGGAUGGCGACAUGUCAGACAUGCUUGAGGCCCAGUCUCUGAGCUUCCGUCCGCAGUACAUUGACAUCUACAGCUCCAGCUGGGGGCCUGAUGACGACGGCAGGACAGUGGACGGGCCGGGAAGCCUGGCCCGCCUAGCCCUGGAGAACGGGAUCCGCAAAGGCAGAAAAGGGAGAGGCUCCAUCUUUGUGUGGGCCUCUGGAAACGGCGGGCGGAACAAGGACCACUGCUCGUGCGACGGCUACACCAACAGCAUCUACACCAUCUCGGUCAGCAGCACCACCCAGAGCGGCCGCAAGCCCUGGUACCUGGAGGAGUGCGCCUCCACGCUGGCCACCACCUACAGCAGCGGGGAGAGCAACGGCAUCGGCAUAGUGACCACUGAUCUGAGACAGCGUUGCACUGAAGAACAUUCCGGCACGUCUGCCUCUGCACCCAUGGCAGCUGGAAUCAUCGCUCUUACCCUAGAAGCCAACCCAUUGCUAAGCUGGAGGGACGUGCAGCACAUCAUUGUGAAGACGUCACGGCGAGGUCACCUAAGUGCUCCCGAUUGGCAGACCAAUGGAGCUGGACAUGACGUCAGUCAUCUAUAUGGGUUUGGUCUGAUGGAUGCUGAAGCCAUGGUGACAGAGGCCGAAAGAUGGAAUCAUGUGCCCCCUCAUCGUGUGUGUGUGGAUAGCAUCGUCUAUAGCAACAGGGAGAUUCGCGCCGACCGACUACUCCGGACGACGUACACGUCAUCAGGCUGCAACAAACACGUGGUGUACCUGGAGCACGUGGCCGUGAGCGUGACCCUCCUGCACCCGCGCCGUGGUGACCUCUCCAUUACCCUCACCUCCCCCUCAGGGACCAGGUCUCAGCUCCUCACAACAAGGGAGAAUGACUACUCCGCCGAGGGCUUCAGACGCUGGAAGUUCAUGACCACGCACUGCUGGGGAGAGACCACAUCCGGAGAGUGGACCCUGGAGAUCCGGGACUCGCCGAGCAGGAGGAGGCCGUACAGACAAUCAGCCAAACUGAUAGAUUGGUAUCUGGUGCUUUAUGGCACCACUGUGCACCCAUCCUCACCACCACGACAUGCACAGGCUCGCUCGGUGGAUGCGGCCAUUGAUGAUGACAUCACCGAGGAAUACAACGGCUCCUGUGAUCCUGAGUGUAGUGAGGAUGGCUGUGAAGGACCCGGGGCUCACCAGUGUGUUGCCUGUCUCCAUUACUUCCUCAAGUCUAAGAACAACACAAGGACUUGUGUGGCCAACUGCCCCGAGGGUUUCUGGGGAGACAGGAAGCGAUGUAAGAAGUGCUACUCCUCCUGCAAGACCUGUGAGGGAAGCCGCAGCAAUCAGUGCACUUCCUGUAAGCCCUCGCACCACUUCAACGAGGACACCAGCUCCUGCGUGACCAGCUGUGGUGAUGGAUACUACGUGGAGCAUGUUGGGAACGUGUGCAGGAAAUGCAGUGAGAACUGCAUGAGAUGCACAUCUGCCACCAUCUGCACAGAGUGUAUGGAGGGGCACAGUCUGGUGGGUAAUAAGUGUCAGAAGAGCUGUGCAACGGGCACCUACCUCAGUGAGGAGCAGGGCACCUGUGAGCCCUGCCAUCCGGCCUGUGCCUCCUGUGCAGGUGCAGGUGUAGAGGCUUGUAACAGCUGUGCAGAGGGUUACCUGAUUGAGGAAUGGAAGUGUGUGUCCUCCUGCAGCCAAGGCUUCUAUGCAACCCAACAAGGUUUUGACAGCAAAAUAUGCCGGAGGUGUGAUGCCAGCUGUCAGUCGUGUGUUGGAGGUGGCAGAGGGAACUGCAGUGGCUGUGUGGAAGGACACACCUUACAGGAUGGCGUUUGUGUGACCGAGUGUAAAGACGGAGAGUACCAGGAUGAGCAGGGAAGCUGUCACGCCUGCGAUGCGACCUGUCUCAAGUGCAGAGGGCCCAGCAGCAGCGACUGCAUCAACUGCUCUCCAUCCUUGUUCCUGGACGAGGGCCAGUGUGUGUCCGGGUGCCCAGCUGGGAGGUACCAGUCUGGCGGGCAGUGCCACCUCUGUGACCACACCUGUGCCGCGUGUGUGGACCGCGGGCCUGCCAACUGCUCCAGCUGUGACACGGACAAGUUCGGGAUCGACCGCUACCUGUUCCGUGGUCAGUGUCUGGACUCGUGCCCGGAGGCUCACUUCCACACGCAGCAGAAGACGUGCGAGGCUUGCCCAGAGCAGUGCCAGCUCUGCAGCUCUGCCAGCCGCUGCCUCAAGUGCACUCCGUCCUACUACCUCAGCCAAGGCGUCUGCACGCGCCUAGAGUGUGGCGAAGGAGAGGUCGAGGACCCCGACUAUGAUGACUGCAUGCCCUGUGAAGAGGGCUGCAAGAAGUGUGUGUUAUACAACCCCAAGCAUUGCAUGUCCUGCAUCGAUGGCUACUACAAGUUUGAGGAGGGCUGCUACAAGCACUGUCCGGCCAAGACGUACCCGCUGGAGGAGCAGAUGACCUGCGUGGCCUGCGACUCUAACUGUGUCAGCUGUGACGAACACGAGUGCUACUGGUGUGAGACGGAUCUCUUCCUCUUAGAUGGGAAGUGUGUGCAGGAGUGUCCAGAGGGUUUCUACGGCAACGAGGACUCGCAGGAGUGCGAGGAGUGCGACGAGACGUGCCGCACGUGCGGCGGCCCCGAGGACGACGAGUGUGAGAGCUGCCAGGACGGCGACCAGCUGCAGGACGGAGAGUGCGUCCCUGAUCAGGACUCCUGUCCAUCCAAGACCUACCUCACCGACGAGGGGGAGUGUGAGAGCUGCCACUCCAGCUGUGACUCCUGUGACGGACCCCUGAAGAGCGACUGCGUCUCCUGCGUCAAAGGCCGAUACCUGACCCCAGAUCAGACGUGUGUGUUCCGUUGUCCGGUGGGUCGUUUCGGCAGCCGUGCGAGCGGCCUGUGCGAGGUGUGCUCGGCGGGCUGUGCCCAGUGUGUGAGCCUGCAGCAGUGCCAGCGCUGCCAGUCCACCCGCCGCAAGCAGCUCUACCUGCAGAGUGGACAGUGUGUGCAGCAGUGCACCAGUGGGAUCCCGCUGGGUCAGGUGUGUGCAAGCUGUGCCGAGGGCUGCCUGACAUGCGAGCGGAACACCACCCACUGCCUGAGCUGCCGUGAGCCGCUGGUCCUCCACAAGCACCAGUGCCUGGACGCCUGCCCCCCAGACCACACCCUCCGCCAGGGCGAGUGCCAACACUGCCCCCCCGGCUGCCACCGCUGCACUGGCACUGGCCUGUGUUCAGAGUGCGAGGAGACCCACUUCCUCCAUGAGGGCCGCUGUGUGGCAGAGUGCCCUGAUGGUUUCUAUGACGACGCAGAGGGCAGGGUGUGCGGGCGCUGCCACCCGGACUGUGAGCUGUGUGACGGACCGGGCGCAGAGGAGUGUGACACGUGCACCGACCCCGACGCCAGCCUGCAGAAUGGGGCGUGUGUGUCCCCGUGCCCCGAACACACAUACAGAGACGCUCACACACUAGAGUGCAUGGCCUGCGACCCGUCCUGCCGCAGCUGCUCUGGCCCUCACGCCACCUCCUGCACCAGCUGCGCCGAGGGCCUCAGACCGGACGCCCGCGGCCAGUGCGCCACCCUCGCCGGCUGCCCUCCGCGUCACUACGCCGACCGGGACGGCGAGUGCCACCAGUGCCACAAGUACUGCCAGCAGUGCCACGGGCCGGACAGGAGCCAGUGCCUGAGCUGCAGCGCCAACCACUACCUGCUCAAUGGCAGUUGUGUGGACGCCUGUCCCGUGGGGUCCUUCAGGGACCAGGUCCAGCAGACGUGUGAGGCGUGCCACCCGUCCUGCCUGUCCUGCGUGGGGAGGCACAGCCACGAGUGCCUGGCCUGCAAACCGGAGCUCUUCAGGGACAGCAAGGACUGCGUGGAGACCUGCCACUCCAGUCGCUAUGGCGACAUGUCCACGCGCUCGUGCGAGCCCUGCGAUGCGAGCUGCGCCGAGUGCUUGGGGGCGGGGCCUGACAGUUGCCUGAGCUGCCGAGAGGGACAGGUGUACCUGCGGAGGCGGGGCCAGUGCGUGCACACCUGCCCCGCGGGCCACUUCGAAGACACGCACCACAGGACCUGUGAACUCUGUCACCCCUCCUGCCAAACCUGCUACGGUAAAGGAGCUCAGUCAUGUGGCUCGUGUCAUAUGGGAUACUCUCUGGUGGCGGGAGCAUGUGUCUCACAGUGCAUGAUGGGAGAAUAUCCAGUCGUGGAGAAGCAUUCAGGUGACAGGUGUGAGCACUGCCACGACUCGUGUCUGGAGUGCCGGGGGCCGGGCCCCCACAACUGCACGCUGUGCUCGGGCCAGUCCAUCCUGACGGUGGAGGGCCGCUGCCUGCCCUGCUGCACCCGGGAGCAGGCGGACGGCGGAGGGGACGGAGACGGAGACGGAGACGGAGCCUCACGGCAGCAGGAGUGCUGCAACUGCACUGAGACUAAAGGUGAGUGCAUCCUCAGCACCAAUUUCGCCUUCCGCAACGAGCCCGAGGAUGACGACGAUGACGACGAAGAGCGUGGUAACCUGGCGCUCUUCAUCACCACCUGCGUCCUGCUGCUGCUGGGCCUGGGUGCCGUGGCCUUCCUCGUCCGCCGCUCCCUCGCCAAGGGGCCCAGCAAGCCCGACGCCACCCCCGGACGCGGCUACGAGAAGCUGUCCAACAGCAGCCGCUACGGAGGAGGCAUGGGCGCCACCUCCUUCUCCUCCGAGUCCUACAGCGCAGGAGGAGGAGGAGGAGGGUUCCAGGGAGGGUCAUCUGGGGGUCGCUUCCGGGAGGAGCAGCUGGUGGACCUGAGCGACAGGUCGAAAGGUCGUGCGGAGGAUGACGACGAUGACGAGGACGAAGAUGAGGAUAUUGUGUACAUGGGGCAGGACGGGACGGUGUACCGGAAGUUUCGCUACGGGCAGCUGGGCGACGACAAUGAGGACGAGCUGGAGUAUGAUGAUGAGAGCUACACAUUCAGGGCGGAUCCUUUCGCUGAUAAUCAGCAGGCUCCGGCGACCGCUCCGGCGACCGCUCCACAGAUGGUGUGAGGUGAGAUCCUCUCAGGAGGGCACCGCCCGUCCAAAUCGCGGCAUUUCACGCGGCCUUAUUUAGCGCGAUAAGUCCACCGAGCAUGGACUUGCUGAAACUCAUUUUAGCUUUCUUUGGCUUUGGGAUUGUUUUUUUCAUGUACUUUUCCUGUGUGUGAGCAUACAUGUACUGUACUUGCUGCAACAUUGACAGCUCCUCUGUAAAGUUUCGAAAGGCAGAAUUGCUGUUUCUUUUGUUUGCUGUCAAAGGGUUUUUUUUUUUUUUGUGAGAGCAUAUCCUUUUGUUUGUUUAUUGUAAUAA